AUGAAUCGUUGUCUCUUGGAUCCGACGCAUUAUGUGGACACGCAAGCCUUCGAGAACUACCAAUGUCACAAGGGGCAGGAAUUGGUGGUAUCCGAAUGCGUCGUAGGAUCUCCAUCUGACGUUUUCGAUGCGUGGUUGGAGUAUGUCUGGCUGACUAAUGACGCAGAACUGCAUCCGGGUGUCGGGCGAGGCUAUGUUGGUCACGUGCGGGGUGUUCCACUGGGCAUAGAAGAAGAAAUAUUAUCGGUGGGAUUACCGUCAGACGACCGUGUAGACAUUGAUGGAGGACGAACGAUUAUCAAUGCAGCUCGACGUGAUUGCUCCAAGAUCCCUUCAAUAUGCUACAGGAUCCGCAAGUUCGGAUUGUUACCAAUCCGAAAUUAUCUCGCUUUUGUUCAGUUUGUGGACGUUGCAGCGUCUUUAAGUAGCACACCAGCAACACUUGUGAUAUGGUCGCUCAAAAUGGAGCCAUCAAUAGUGGGCUAUCUACUUUGUUGUGGCGGGUUCGCCAAGGUCGUUAUACGCUUGGCUUUACAAAGCUUCCUGCGCACGCUGGCCGCGAGUGCAGCUGCUAAACAGGGUUGUCACUUGGAGUAG